AUGGAAUUACAACAACAGAUUAGUGAAUUGAGAGAAAAAUUCUUGAAAAAAUUGGAAGAUGAAGGUAAUAAUUUUCAUCCUGAUGAUAUUGUGAGAGUUAAAACACGAGAUGACUGGUUGAGAAGGUUUAUAGAGCACAGCGAAUUUAAGGUUGAUGAUGCUCUUAAUAUGAUGUGGAAUAGCUGUGAAUGGAGACAAAAAGUUGGAGCUAAUGAUAUCAACGAGGAAAAUGUCAGACGUGAAUAUUUAGAAGAUGGAGUUUUUUUCGGCUAUGGGAAAGAUAAAGACGGCAAGACAUUGUUUAUUAUUCGUUCGAAAUUACACGUAAGAGGUGCUAGAGACUUUGAAGAAUUACAGCGAUGUGUUAUCUACUGGCUAGAAAGACUUGAAAGAGAGGGAAAUGGUGACCAAAUAACAUUAUUCUUUGAUAUGAGUGAUACGGGCUUAUCUAACACAGAUUUAGAGUUUAUAAAAUACAUAAUUAAUCUUCUCAAGCAUUACUAUCCAAAUUUUCUGAACAAUAUUAUUCUACUGGACUUGCCAUGGGUACUGAAUGCAGCUUUGAAAAUAAUAAAAUCAUGGCUUCCGCCUCCAGCAAUACCAAAAAUAAAACAAGUUAAUAAAACUGGGCUCAAGGACCUAAUUGAUUUAAAUGUGGCUUUAAAAAGUUGGGGUGGAACUAAUGAGUAUGUCUUUAAGUUUAUACCAGAAGUUCGUACUAAUUCGCUAAUUGUCAAUGGUAAACUGGACAACAAAAAAGUUCACUUUGCUGAAAAUUCUCCAUUGACUGAAAUGCCAUCCAGUGGAUUUGGUGAUCAAUCUUCAGAAGAAUCUAUGCUUGCUAUCAGUCCAGAUGUUAUUUCAUUCAAUAAAGAAGGGCCUGAAAUAAUUGGUACAAUUGUUUUAAAAAAUACAACUACUGAAAAAUUCCUUUCGUACAAGAUAAAAACAACAGCACCUGAGAAAUUUCGAGUACGUAGAAGUACUGGUGUAUUAGCACCGGGAAUGCAGGCUACUGUAACAGUAUCGUUACAACCUGGCUUCAAUUUACGUGCUUUAUUACACCAAGAUAAAUUUCUAGUAAUGUGUCUUCCUCUCAAAGAUUCUAAGAUGAGUUCUGAGGACUUAACUGAAUUUUGGAAGACUAAUGGAAAAUCAGCUGAACAGCAUAAAGUUUUUUGUCGUGAUGGAAUGAAUGAAUCAGCAUCAGCUUUAUCUUCAAGCCUAACUAAUACUGAUAGAACAACUGAUUCAUUACAUGCAAAAAUUGCGCAUUUAGAAGAAUGCCACGGCAAAUUACAUAAAGAGCUACGUAACGUUAAACACGUAAUGAUAAUAUCAAUAAUAUGGACUGUGGUAGCUGCGGUAGCGAUUGUUUAUAUUUUACGUUCAGAUAUUGAACAAGUACUAGGUAACGAUCAGAGUUGUCACACUCAUUCACAUAUUUAA